CAUGCCUAUGAACUUGUAUUCGCUGUGGACGAACUGUUAAAUUUAAACAGCAAUAAUGUACAAAGUGUUGUCUCGUCUGAACGGCCUGUGUUUGCUCGGGAAAACGGACUGGAGGAAUGCAGUGGACGUGUUUGUGAAAUUCCACAGUAGGAGCGGUGUACUAUGUCAAAAAUCAACAGUGAAACACCCACCUCAUGAGCUGCCCGGGAUGCCCCCAUGUGACUUUAAUCCCAAGCCAUACCAGGGCAUGUCUAAAGAGCGUCUACUAGAGAUCAGGAAACACAGCUGCAAUCCCAUGACCAUGAAGGUAACAUACUUCAAAAAGCCAGUCUUUAUAAACCAGGGUUACAUGCAGUGGCUGUGGGAUGUGGAUGGAAGACGCUAUCUGGACUUUUUUGCUGGAGUGGCCACCGUCAGUGUAGGACACUGUCACCCGAAAGUCACAGAGACAGCAGAGAAACAGCUAAAGCGUCUAUGGCACACGACUCCCAUCUAUGUGUACCCACAAAUGCAGGAGUAUGCAGAGAAACUGGCCUCCCUUCUGCCAGACCCACUUAAGGUUGUGUAUUUUACCAACAGUGGCUCGGAGGCUAAUGACCUUGCAGUGCUAAUGGCUCGGCUUCAUACAGGAAAUUUUGAUGUCAUUACACUCAGGGGUUCAUAUCAUGGUGGCAGUCCACAAGCGACAGGUCUGACGUCCAAUGCAGAUUACAAAUAUCCCAUUGCCUGUUCUCUGGGUUGCCACAAUACCAUGUGUCCGGAUGUGUUCAGGGGCCUUUGGGGAGGCAGUCACUGUAGAGACUCUCCUGUUCAAACCAUCCGAGAGUGCAGCUGCUCCCUAGGUCACUGUCAUGCCAAUGAUAAGUAUAUUGAUCAGCUCAAAGACGUGUUUGCCACAACUGUCUCCACUCGCAUUGCUGCUUUCUUUGCGGAACCAAUUCAGGGUGUCGGUGGGGCUGUUCAGUACCCUAAAGACUACCUGAAGGAGACCUACCAGCUCGUUCGGGAGAGAGGUGGAGUUUGUAUAGCAGAUGAGGUCCAGACUGGUUUUGGCCGCACAGGGAGUCACUUUUGGGGUUUCCAAGGACAUGAUGUCAUUCCUGACAUGGUUACCAUGGCAAAGGGCAUUGCGAAUGGCUUUCCAAUGGGUGCUGUGGUCACCACAGCAGAAAUUGCCAGUUCCUUUGCAAAGGGUGUUCAUUUCAACACAUUUGGAGGAAACCCAUUAGCUUGUGCAAUUGCCUCAUCAGUUUUAGAUACGAUAAAGGAGGACAGGACACAAGAGAACAGUGCUUAUGUGGGCACAUACCUGAUGACUGAACUGGCCAAACUUCGGGACAAGUACGAGAUCAUUGGUGACGUUAGAGGAAAAGGUCUUCUGAUCGGGGUGGAGAUGGUCAAAGACAAGGCCAGCAGAGACCCACUCCCUCCAGAAGCCAUGGCUGAGAUUUUCGAGGACACCAAAGACAUGGGUGUGCUAAUUGGUAAAGGAGGAGUGUACGGACAGACGUUCAGGAUCAAGCCUCCUAUGUGUAUAACAAAAGGCGACGCAGACUUCUUCCUUGCCGUAUUCAACCAGGCAGUGCUCAACUACAUAGAGAGGAGAUAAAAGAACAUACUGGGUCAUAUUUCCUAUUUUAAAUGACUUCACAGGUCCUUAGUUGACCUAAAGCAUGCUAAAGGAUAACCAGCAUAAAGUGUUGACAAUUUUCACAUUCACAUUUCUUGAAAAGUAUGAGAGAACCUUGUAGGGACAUAUGUCAGGCGCCUCUUUUGAUUGGUUCCCCUCUCAAUUUAGUAACCGAUUCAGUUUUUGCCAAAUGCACUUAAGAAUCACAAUACUCAAGAAACUCAAGUGCACCAUGAGAUUUUGAUGUAACGUUUGUGUUGCUGUACUGGCGUUUACAAUUUAUCACGUAAAAGAAAUUCAGAAUUUGUAUUAAAGUUAUUUUGAUAUUAAAGAGAUAGUUCACCCAAAAAUUAAAAUUCUCUCAUUAUUUACUCACCCUCAUGCCACCCCAGAUCUGAUUUUAAGAAUAUCUCAGCUCUAAAUGAGUGAAUGGGGGCCAGAACUUUGAAUCUCUAAAAAG